GUGGCUUUUGCCAGUAGUGACGACUAAAAAGAUAAACACAAGCAGGCCAGCUCGGAGAAGGAUUAUUUAAAAUGUCGAAUGCGAAGUCAUCUUGGCUUUUGGGGAUCAUGUCAAUAUCGUUUAUUUGUUUUCUUUCUUGGAAACAUUCAAUUAUCGGUAAGGGAUAUUACAAUGUUUCUGGAGCUGCUGCCCCCGAUACCGGAUGAAGAUGAGAUAUUACUAUUGAAAGCGUUGGUUUAAAUUCGUGCGAGGACCCUGUAUUGGCUAGUUCCCCGCCCAGGAGUUGAAUGCGGAAGAUUCGAGGAUAGACUUUUUUAUUUUUGCAUGGGGCUUGUAACAUUGCAUUUAUCGUGGUUUUAACUCAUGUAUCCCUUUAGUCCUUGGAUAAUUUUGGUUUAUCAACUGUCCUUUUUCAGUGUGGUGUGUGUACAAACGUUGGUUAAUGCAAUUUAUUCAUAGCGAAUCUCAAGUAUCCUCUAAUGAAGCAGGCUAAAUCAUAAAAUUACAACCAAUUAUAUUUGCCUACUUUUAUGACAUCAAAUAGGAUGGACAGACAUCAUGAUUGUCAAAACGGGCAAAGGAAAAAUUCAUAAAAUAUAAAACAAUUAACCUGCCUGUCAAUCUUCUUUGUAGAUGUGAAAGGUGCCUUCCUUCUGAUUGGAAGAGGUCUGCUGCUCUUGGGACUUUCUUCCUUGAUGGUUUCGUAUUUGUAUCCACGUCUGAGAUCUGUGUUCUCCAAAAGCACCCGACCACGACCUGAAUAUUCUGAGGAUGAGGAGGCAAAACUAAGACAACAGCAGGCCAGGGAGGAGCUGCAGGAAAAACACAGUGAGAAGGCCUUUUCUUAUCAGGAGUCAGUGCUAAAGCCCCGUCAGGAGACUUCUAUGAAGAAGAAAGAGGAACACUUCUACCGCAUGACCGGCCAAACCUGGAAGCUGACUGAUGGAGAAAGACUUGGCGAAGGUGAGUCGUUAGGGCAGAGCACCCAAGAGGAUAUCAAGGGGACCCCCAAUCAGGAGGCAGUAAGGAGAAGGAGGCUCCCCGAAAGUGCCACCAAAGUACACCCCAAACAAGAACCACCUCCAAAUAAGAGGGUUGUUAUUUUACCAGAAGAGCCAGCAGAUGAUGUUAAAGGGGUGGUGCGUGUGGUUUUAAGAUGCCCCAGCGGAAGAACAGUUCUGAGGAGAUUCCUAAAAUCAGACAGCUCCUCUGUUCUUUUGGACUGGAUGUUAAAAAUUGGAUAUCACCCUACAGUAUACACGUUAUGUACCUCUUACCCGAGACAACCCUUGGUCAUCGGAAAAGACAGAAGCAUGGGGGAUGCAGGCAUUUUAACACACACAGUAUUAAAUGUGGAAGAGAAAGAUCCCUCCACUACCUGAGGAAAUAAUUAAAAUCAGCUACUCGUGUCAUAUGGAAAGACUGAAAUGGGCAUCAUGGAUCACAGAAACCUUCAGGACAGCAAAUUCUUAACCACACCUGACAAGAGAACAAAGCAAUACACUAAGCUCGUAUCAUGUUGCUUGGAUUUUAUAGGUCAACAUAAAGACGAAGUCUUACAACCCUUGUAAUCCUCAUAAUGCUCUACUUUUUUUGCAC